UUUAACAAAAUAGUCUACCUUUGUUUCUUGUUCAACCAAGUUCCCCUUCCAUAGCUGCUGGAGACAUACAUUUCCAAAGCUCUGCAACUCCCCCACUUUCCAUGUCCAUGGCCUCUUCCACAAUCCUUCUCCUCUCUCCCUUUCUCCCUUCAUCUGCUCCUCCUCUCCUCCCUCACUUUCUCUACUCUCCCUUGUACCUACCAAGGCAAUUACAGAGCUCUCUCUCCUCAACCUUCCCCUAAAACUCUCCUUCCCCAGCAACUUCUACUAGUUUUUGUUCAAUCAAAUCCCUUUUUCUCAGCUGAAGUUUCUGUUUAUGUCCAAAUUACAGAUGCCCAUUUCAAAUUUGCUCCAACUCUCUUGGAAAAGGCAGUCAAGGCAAUGUCUUUGUGCCCCUUUGGGCUUCCAAGCUGAUACCUAGUUGUAUUGAGUAUUGGGUGUUCUGAUCUGUCCUUGGAGGUUAAAAAACACAGAAUAUACCCUCCUGAUUCUGCUGGGUCUGCUGGGUUUCUGUUUCAGAAAAUUCUUGAACAAAUUGGGUUUGCUGUCUGAACCUUUUGCUACUGAUUUGGGGGAGUUUUCAGCUGCAAAGUCAGGGCUUUUGAUCUGGUAGGUUAACAAACCCUAAGAUUUCUUAUUCUGGUCAGUUUUGUGAUAUACCAGUUUUUCUUUUUUGUAGAGUGGUUCCAACUUGGGCAAGAUAUAUUUUGUUUAUUCUUUAGGAUUAAGGUGAUAAAUAAUUUCAAGAUUGUAGCUUUUGGCCUGAAAAUUACUCCAUUGUUACUUUUUAGGCAGUUAAGUGGUUAAGGGUUUGACCCCUUUUGCCAUCUUACAUUUUGGGGCAUCAUCUGCUAUGUAAUUAGACCUUGAAGUAGGUUUCUGGUGUUUCGUUAACCCCUCUUUGUGCGUCUGUCAAAAUGCCUGGAGAUGGUCGCUUUUUCGUGGAGUGGAAAGAACAGUUUGUUUCGCAGGAGAGGGGCAACCGUGUGGUUCACUAUUUCUUAAAGGAUUCUUCCGGAGAAUCCAUUCUUGCAGUUGUGGGUACUGAGAGGAGUGUUAGGCACAUGUUCUAUGUUGUUUCUGAGGAGUUUUUGCAAGCGCACGGAAACGAGAGCUCCAAUAGUGCUAACUAUAAAUGGAGGUCAAGAAGGGAAGUUGUGGAUUGGCUUACAUCUAUGCUGUCAAAGCAGCAUGUACGUGGAGAUCUGUCCGAAUCACCCCAACAUGAUUCAUCACAAGCUUUGUGGAGUCCCGAACAUCCAAUGAAAGGAGUUAGUGGUCACCAGGGCCGUCUUUCAACGACCUUGAAGGGACACAAUCCAGACAUUGUUUGGUCAGGUGUUGCAUGGACAUGUGGUAAACAGCUCAAGCAUUUCCCUGCAUUCUGUAGGGAUGGAACUACAAUAGUGAUUAAGUCCUUUGUCUUUGUCAUGGCAAAGGGAGAAAAUCACUAUGUUGCUUAUAUGGAGGAUAUGUACGAAGACAAGAGGGGUCAGAAAAAGGUCAAAGUGAGGUGGUUUCACCAUAAUCAGGAAGUCAAGGGGUUAACUCCUGUAAGAAAUCCUCACCCAAAGGAAGUUUUCAUCACACCAUAUGUGCAGGUCAUUAGUGCAGAAUGUGUUGAUGGUCCUGCAACAGUCUUAACUUGUGAACAUUAUGAAAAAUGCUUAGCUCUGUUUCCUCAGGCUUUAUUGGCCAAAGUACAUCUAUGCUAUAGGCAGUUUAGAAGUAACAAGGUGAAGCCAUUUGAUUUGAGUAAAAUGCAUGGCUAUUUUGAUCAGCCAAUUCUCUCUUGUUUCGGUCUCGAAGUUUCCAAAAAAUCUGAGUUUAUAAGUGAUAGCUUGAAUGGGGAAGAAGAUGAAUUGGGUCCAAGUGACUAUGUAAAGCAAGGAUCUAAGAGGACUAGAAGUGGAAGGCCAUGUCAGAGGUUUUCAACUGGUCGUUCAAGAGCAAGAAGUUCUACAAUAGAUAACCAGAUGAUGACAUAUAGACCUCAGAACCCAAACUAUGGUUUACUAGACAAGCGGUUGUUGUCCAUGAAGCUUGUUGAUUGUCAGCCUUGGUAUACUCCACUAUUUAAGGUUGACGAAAAGAUAGAAUUGCUUUGCCAAGAUAGUGGCAUUCGAGGCUGCUGGUUUAGGUGUACAGUCUUGCAGAUAACACGAAAACAGAUGAAAGUUCAAUACGAGGAUUUGCAAGACGAGGAAGGAAGUGGCAAUCUUGAGGAAUGGAUCCCAGCUUUUAGAUUGGCUAUGCCUGAUAAACUUGGCAUAAGGCGUCUAGGCCGCCCAAUGGUCCGGCCAGCCCCUCCUAAGGAACAAAUGGGCCUUGCCCUUGAGGUUGGGGUUGCAGUUGAUGCAUGGUGGAGCGAUGGCUGGUGGGAAGGGAUUAUAGCUGAAGUUGGCAGCUGUGGUGACACCUUUCAAGUUUUCAUUCCUGGUGAAAGCUUACUGUUGAACAUGCACAAAAAUGAUCUAAGAAUAUCCAGAGAUUGGUUUAGGGACGAGUGGGUUGAUGUUGAGGCAAAUCCUGAUGUACUAUCAGCCAUAUCUUCAACAAUUAGCUCACGUACUCGUCCCUUUACGUUGCCCGUGGUUGUGAAAGAUGUCGACUCUGAUGGGUUUGCUUUGUCGUAUGUUGAAGUUCCUUCUAGUACUAAACAUGUGGAAGAGGAAAAACUGAACUUGGCCACGUCAUAUAUUGAAGUUCCUUCUAGUACUAAACACGUGGAAGAAGAACAACAGAACUUAGCCAUAUCUGCCAGUUUUGAAGCUCCUGAUAAUAUGGACUUGGACAGUGAUAGGAAGUCACCAUCACUAAACGAUGUUGGUACUGAAGGUGUUGAUGUCAACGACAGUUGUGGUGAUGUACAGGAUGUCCAAGGUAAUGAUGUUGAUGACAACAAGGGUGAUAAAAUUGCCGAGGAUGACAAAGGUGACAACGGCGGUGGUGAUGGCAAAAACAAUGGUCAUUAUGAGGGUCAAGAAAGUAUGGAAGUGUUUGAAACUGCCUGUAUUGAAUGUGUUGACGGGAGCGACAGUUGUGGUGAUGUACAUGAUGUCCAAGUUAAUGAAGUUGAUGACGACAAAGAUGACAACAAUGGCGAGGAUGACAAACAUGACAACGACAAUGAUGAGAGCAAAAACAGUGGUCCUGAUGAGGGCCAAGAAGGCAUGGAGGUGUUUGAAACUGCUGGGGAGGGGAGCCCGAAAGCAGUAGAAAUCAUGGAAGUGAUUUCAUAAGAUGUCUAACUUGAGUUGGAUAACCGUAAAUUGUGUCAGUUAAUGAUGUUAAUGUUGUCGGCUAAUGUUGAAAGUGUCAGUUAGGAUGUCUGUAAAUAGUUACACAGAUGUGUUGGAGAGAAGCUCACUGCAUUGUUUGGAGUUGGUGGCCUUCCUGGGUGUAUAGUAUGAGAUAAGAGUUCUAUGAUAUUUCGCUUUUUCUGGUUUUCCACGGUUUUAUUAGAAUUCAGAUUCCUACGAUAAGAAGCGAUUCUCACCUACGAUUAGAAGCGCUUCUCUACGGGUCAGUUCUACGUUAGUGAUCACAUUCAUCUGCUUCUGCUUGUAACUUUGUAUCAAAGAUUCCGAGGUGUCCUGUAAUUUUAAGUACUAUUUCUUGGCUCCGUUAUUAGAACUUGUUAAUGAAAACCUUGAAAAUGUAUUCAAAUAAUUAUCCGUUU